GCAGCAGCUGAUGCCCUGCAGACUGAAAAAAAGCAAUAGUCUUGCAUUGUUUUAAAACAACAUUAUCACAAUAAUUUUCCUCUUCCUUGAUGUUUUUGUUUACGUAUGUGAACUGACUUUUUUCUGCCGAGUUGCAGAGUCGACUGACAUGAUGGAGAAAAUAAACUGUUUUGUAAAAGCAUGCCUCUAUAACAUGAUGUGACUUGCUUUGUUCUUUUUCAGUUGUAAAGCCUGUCAACAUGUUCAGGGGCAAAAAUUAUAACUUCACUUAGGUUACAUUGCAAGUCUCACUUGGGGCUAGGGACUCUAGAUGCAUUUUGCACUGAGAUGACAUGAAAAAAAUAAAUUUUUUCAAAGGCCAUGCAAAAAGAAAAAAAAACUUACAUUUUCAUACAAGAUCUAGGGGGAUGAGUUUUAGGAAUAUGAUUGAGUUGUGACUUUGAAAUGCAGUUUAUUUAAGUGCAAAACAAGAUCACUUCACAGACAACUCAAAACUAAGUGAACUGAAAACAGAAACCAGAAACUCCUUGGGCAUUUGCCUGGGAAAUAUUGAAGCUUUGGUACCGGCAAAAUAUAGAGCAAUAUUAUCAAGUAAAUAAAAAACAUAUAUACAUUUGCUUUAACUAAAGACAUAUGACUCAAUACCAGUCUGGUAUUUUUGUUUUACAUAUAAAAAAAUUCCUGAAAUAACAUAAAUUAUUUAUCAACUGUUGUGACCCCAAGUCCCUUGUUUUAAUUUAAUCUGAUUUAUUUUCAGCCACACACUUUUAAGUAUGUGUAUUCUGUUUUUGAACCACAUUUUUCUUUAUGCCAAAUAAAUGAUAAUACUGUAAUCUAAUGGAAUACCAUCUAGCUUUGAUGUUUGGAAUGCCACUUCAGUUCUUUUUUCCUAAAUUGUUUAUUUUUGUUGAAUACAAUUAGGUUAAUGUGUUAUUGGUGUUUGCGUUGUUUUUUUUAAUUAACAAGAAAAAUACGAUUUUUUUAUUUAUUUAUUUUUUUAGUACAAUAAAAUAACUUACUGUUUGCGAUAGUAGUUCAUAAGUUUCAUUGUUUUUACUCAAAUUACUUUUUGUCGAUCCAAAAGCUAACGGUAGGGGGAGACAAAAGUUUCCCUUUAAUUUUUAAACCCACAAAGAAGAAUCUGUCAGAGAAGAUGGCUCCAAGACGAAGCUAAUUGUUUAGCCGAUGUAAAUCUGUCCACCGCCAACAGGCUGGAGACUGCGGUGACAAAAUUAUCAGAUAACCCGUUGAGACGAAUAAGACCCUGUCACUGAGGAACGAUGAGCCAGAGACGUGGCAUCCAUGUGGACCAAUCUGAGCUGCUCUGCAAAAAAGGAUGUGGGUUUUAUGGCAACACAGCCUGGCAGGGCUUGUGCUCAAAGUGUUGGCGAGAGGAAAACCAGCGAGAAAAGCAAAGGCAAAUUCAAGAGGACUGGGCUCUUGCUGAAAGGCUGCAGAGAGAGGAAGAGGAAGCAUAUGCAAGCAGGCAUCAGAGGGCACAGUCACAACCUGCGAUCACUCCCUUCAACAAGUUUGAAGAAAGGAAGACGAAGGAGAAGUCCAGCAAAGUCAACACAGUCACAAAGUUUUUCACUCCAUCAACAAAAACACCACCCAAAAAGGAUGCCGGUGCUGCUGACGCUCAGUCCACUCCGAGCUCCAGCUCCUCAGCCAGUCGCCAGCCCUUUCCAGACAGCGACCGUGCAACGCAAGAGUUUAUAGAUUUUCUGAAGUCGGUGAAGUCUGGCAGGGAAAUCUUUAAACAGUGUCGGGCUUUCACUGAGGGCAUGGUGUACAAGCGGGACAUGGGAGCCGACGAGCUGUCGGAGUGCGUGCAAGACUUCUACCAGAGCCUCUCAGACCGGCUUCACAACCAGUUCAAAGGUUCGACAGAACAUGUAGAGAGGGUGAUGGAUGAAGUGGAGAAGUACAUGAUGAGCCGACUUUACACGGAGGUUUUCUGUCCGGAAACCACAGACGACGAGAAGAAAGACUUGGCUGUUCAGAAGAGAAUCAGAGAUUUGCACUGGGUCACCAUAGAAAUGCUGUGCGUGCCGGUGGAUGAAGAGAUCCCAGAGGUCUCAGACAGUGUAGUCAAAGCUAUUACAGAUAUAAUUGAAAUGGACUCAAAGCAGGUACCCAAAGACAAGCUGGCGUGCAUCACCCGUUGCAGCAAGCACAUCUUCAACGCCAUCAAAGUGAGCAAGAAGGAGGCUGCGUCGGCCGACGACUUCCUCCCGACUCUCAUCUACAUCGUGCUGAAGGCAAACCCUCCGCGGCUGCAGUCCAACAUCCAGUACAUCACCCGCUUCUGCAACCCCAGCCGACUCAUGACCGGAGAGGACGGAUACUACUUCACUAAUCUGUGCUGUGCAGUGGCCUUCAUAGAGAAACUGGAUGGUCAGUCUCUGAAUAUGAGCUCUGAGGAGUUUGAGCUCUACAUGUCGGGCCAGACGUCUCCGAACUGGCCACGGCCCACCGCUGCCGCCUCAUCCGCAGGCGGCGCAGCCCAUACCCAGGCCCACAGCAGCCUGGACGUGCUAACCGGGCUCGGCGAGAGGCAGGAGCGGGUCGUGGAGAAGGCUCGGCAGCUGGAGAGCGACCUGAUAGACUGGACGGAUGAAGUGGAGCAGAAAGUUCAGAGCGCGCUGGAGAGCUUUCCGCUCGACACCCAAAGCACCACGACGAACGCGGCCGGCGGGACGACGACGACGACAACAGCGGCCGCGGCGGCGUCGUCCGCGAUCGACUCUGAAAAUGUAGAGAACGAGCUGCUGCCCCCGCCGCUGCAGCCUCAGGUGUUUGCUGGUUGAUAGGAAAACGUCUGCUCUGCAGAAAAAGCUCCUGGAUGUUCUACUCCAUCUUCCCGUGUGUUCUCUUUAUAGUCCGUAAGCACAUGUAGCGUCUGUUGGAUCUGGAGUGUUCAUCCAUCCGUCUGUUCCCUUAGAUGCUAUAAAACAUGCUGAAUAGUUACCCAACUGUUAGAUUUGAACUGAGUGCGCUGAUUUACCUCCCUGAAG